UCUUCAAAUUCUCCCUCCAUUUACUGUCUUCAUAUCUCAAAACUCCUUCCUUUCCACAUAAUCUCUGCAAAUUCGUCAGCAAAUUUUCAGGUACUCGUAGAAGCAAAGAGAAACGAAUUUAUUCUAUACUCGAUAAGUACCAAUAAUACGAGCUGAAGAUGGUGCAAGAGAUGUGGAAUGGACCCCCUGGUUUCAGACCCUUCAGACCCACAAAAUCGGCUCCAUCUUCACCAGCUAAACCUCUUGGAAUUUCCAAGAUUCGUUCGGAAUCCUUCCAUAUUAUUCCCAAAGUACCUGUUGGUGACACCCCUUAUGUCAGAGCCAAAAAUGUCCAAUUGGUGGAAAAGGAUCCAGAAAGGGCAAUUCCAUUGUUUUGGGCAGCAAUAAAUGCAGGAGAUAGAGUGGAUAGUGCACUCAAAGAUAUGGCUAUUGUAAUGAAGCAACAAAAUAGAGCUGAAGAAGCCAUUGAAGCAAUUAAAUCGUUGCGAAGUCGAUGCUCGGACCAAGCACAAGAAGCUCUUGACAAUAUCCUACUAGACCUAUACAAGAGAUGUGGGAGAUUGAGUGACCAAACAACAUUGUUGAGGCAUAAGUUGUACUUGAUUCAACAAGGCAUGGCUUUUAAUGGAAGGCGAACCAAGACGGCGAGAUCACUGGGGAAAAAGUUUCAGGUUUCUGUGGAGCAAGAAGCAACUAGAUUACUGGGAAAUUUAGGGUGGGCAUUGAUGCAACAAAACAACUACAUUGAAGCUGAGGAUGCUUAUAGGAGAGCACUAGUGAUUGCACCAGACAAUAACAAGAUGUGCAAUUUAGGCAUAUGUUUGAUGAAACAAGGAAGAGUUAAAGAGGCAAAAGAUACACUUAAGAGGGUGAAACCAGCAGUUACAGACGGCCCGAGAGGCGUUGAUUCGCACCUCAAGGCCUACGAGAGAGCACAACAAAUGCUCCGCGACCUCGAAUCAGUGCUAUUGAAUAAUAAAGGUGGCACUAUGCUUGAACAAAGCAGGCUUUUUGAUGCAUUCUUGGGCUCUUCUGCAAUUUGGCAACCUCAACCUUGCAAAGAACAAAACACAUUUACUAACACCAGCUCAUCCAAAUAUGCUGAUGAGAACAUGAAUUCUAACAUUAUAGCAAACCACAUUGUUUCUACAAAGAGUAUGCAACCAACAGUUUCAAGCGAAAACUUAUUAAACAAGUGUGCUCCACCAUUUUAUACAUCCAAGAUUGUGAAUGAGCCGACAAGUACUCUGUUGCCCGAAAAUCUUAAGAGAACAAGAUCCGGAAAUGCAGCUCAUCCCAUGAGAAUAAACAUGAAGGAGUCUAAAGGGACAGUCAUAGAACAAGAAAAUAUGGCGCGAAAGCAGUCAAAUUCGAAGGAGAAAGUAGAGGAUAGAUGGGCAGAGUUGUUGCCGGAUAGCAAGGAUUUUGAGCAAGCGAUAAUUGCUGCUGCUUUGAAUUCAAGUGAUGAAAUAUUGAAGCCAGAAGAAGGAGGAUGCAAAGAUUCUGGAAUUCUUCCAAGGAAAAUUGACAAAAGAUUGAAAGUUUUCCAAGAUAUUACCCUAUCUUUGAGUCCAAGAGCCUAACACUAUUGACUUUUUUAACUUUCUUUAAUCUAAUUUCUACUUUAAAUUAUUAUCAUAAUUCAUUCUGAGUUUGGAGAAAAACUUCUUCUCCUUUACUCCUGCAUAUCCUCAAGUAGGAGAAUAGUAUGCAGAUUUCAAGAAAUUUUCCAAAUAAAUACGUUCUCUUCUCUUUUAAUGCUGAGUUUCUGUUUCAUGAAGUGUAACUUGGCUCCCAAGUAGCA